AUGCAGUUGUUAACUUUUCUAUUAAGGGUUUCGAAGGAUAUGCUCCCCGACCUCGACAAGGCUACAUUGGCUGAUUUGGGCGUGACAGCAGUUGGCGACCAAUUAGCGAUUCUGAAGCAUGCAAAAGAUGAAACUUACGAAAUGGAGGCUGAUUCGCCGGAAAAACUUCGCGUACACAUCCCAGGACCAAAAGCUGGAGUAGAAAAGUCGUCGAAUGGAUCUGGAAGUAGCGACCAGCGCAAGGGACGACCUCCUCCGGAUCGUCACGAAAUCUACCACAUCAAAAUGCCAGAGGGUAAUACCGCUCGCACGAAGCAAAUCAUGCAAAACGCAAGCAUGAUGCGAAAGCAUGGAUUAGUAGUUCGCGGCACGACUGGCGUAAGACAAGGCGGUAGAUCUGUGAGCCCAAUAGAUAAAAGAAGUGCAGCUGCAAUACGAAUGCGUCAGGAA